AUGAAUUCAGACGUGGAAAUUUCGGCUAAUGGGGUGGUAAAGGAUGGGAGUUGUCCAGCAGAUUUUUCAUUCUUUGAUCCAAAACCUGAUGAUUUCAAUGGAGUGAUCCUCCUUCAAACCUACAUGGAUGAUAAGCUAUGGGAUUUAAGUGGCUUUGUAGAUUUGAUAUUGGGACAAACUACCGUCGGGACAGUUGUCAAGAUAGAGGAUGAUGAAGAUGAAGGAGUUUAUGCUUUUGUUACUGCUCUUAAUAUGGGAAGAUACAAGGAUCAUAAAUGUAUGAUCGAGCUGAAGGAAUUUUUGCUUAAGUCAUGCAAAGAGGAUUCGGUCUCUAAUUUGAGGUCUCUUUUGGGAGAGAAGGCACAAGAUGUCGGACUAUUGGUAUCCCAACGUGUAGUUAAUCUUCCUCCUCAGCUUUUGCCUCCCCUUUAUGAUGCUUUAUUUGAUGAAGUCUCAUGGGCAACAGAAGAUGAGCCAACAGAGGAGCUCCAAAAAUCCUUUUGUUUUAAGUCUUACCUAAUGAUCAGCAAAAUCUACAAGCAUAAGAAUGCAAACAAGAAAAUGGGGAAGAGUGGAGAUAGGGAAGAAGAUAUAAUAUAUAGCAAGCCAGAAGAUGAACUUUUUGAUCAGCUGAGCUCCUGGUCCUAUUUCCCGUUACACACUCAGCAGGUGACAGCUAAUGAGCUAAAAGAUUACCGCCCUAUGGGUUUAGUCAUGGCUGUUGAUGCAAGUAAAGUUGGCAUAUUCCGGAAGCAGUUGCAUUCUUUGAUUGACGAAUCAUGACAUCAAGGUUCCAAGACUUGCACAGGGCCUGCUGUUCUCACCUCCCUGGACUGCUUAUGGAAGUGAGAAGUGGCUGUUUCUUUCAUUUCAACUAUUCUGCAGAAACAGGCCAAGAUGGUAUUGGAGACUACAUUCAGGAAAGAGUUGUAACCUGUAUGGUCCGUGUGGCAGAAUUUUUUGUAUUGCUUGAUACUUGUAGAUGUCAUACUGGAUGCGAUUGUUUUGAAAAAUGCGUCACACCUGAUCAUGUUGUAAAUUGGCUUGAGUGCCUCAAAUUUUGUUUCACGUCUAUUUAAGGUUUUCUUCCCCUUUUCCCUUCGAAGUAAUGGAGUACUAAAUAGUUAUCA